GCUCACCGAUGGCGUCACUUCCCCCGGCACCGGAAGUCAACCCUGGGAGUUGCUGAUAGAGAUGGUGACCCGGAGCCUCCUCAUCCUGUUUGGGAGCCAGACAGGAACUUCCCAGGAUGUGGCAGAGAGGAUCAGCAGGGAGGGCCGGCGGAGGCGGCUCCAAUGUAGGGUUCAGGCACUGGAUUCCUAUGAUGUGGUGAAUCUGAUUAAUGAACCACUGGUGAUAUUUGUUUGUGCAACUACAGGCCAAGGAGACCCCCCUGACAACAUGAAGAAUUUCUGGAAGUUUAUAUUCCGAAAAAAUCUGCCUCCUACCUCCCUCUGUCAGAUGGAUUAUGCUGUGCUGGGUCUCGGCGAUUCCUCCUAUGCCAAGUUUAAUUUUGUGGCCAAGAAACUACACCGGCGCCUGCUACAGCUUGGGGGUAAUGCGCUCUUGCCCAUUGGUCUGGGUGAUGACCAGCAUGACCUGGGGCCUGAUGCAGUUAUUGAUCCCUGGCUUCUGGACCUGUGGAGAAAGGUUCUGGGGCUGUAUCCUGUGCCUUCUGACCUUAGUGUGAUACCUGCUGAUACACCUUUGCCUUCAAGGUUUAUUUUGAACUUUUGUGAUGAAGCCCCAGGGAUUUCUUAUGAGGAAGAACAUUCAGAGAAUCAAAGACCUGAGGAGCUCCCCUCUGACCACAAACCCUUCUUGGCUCCCAUUGUCUCCAAUGAAAGAGUGACUGCAGAGUCACACUUCCAGGAUGUUCGGCUAAUUGAGUUUGAUAUCACAGGCUCUAGAAUCAGCUUUACUGCUGGUGACAUUGUGAUGAUCCAGCCUCAGAACUCAGCCAGUGACACCGAGCAGUUCUGUCACCUGCUCCAUCUGGACCCAGACCAGUGUUUUGUGCUGCAGCCUCGGGAGCCAGAUGUCACCUGCCCAGUUCAGCUGCCUCAGCCCUGCACCAUCCAUCACCUUGUGUCCCACUACCUGGACAUCACUCGUGUCCCCCAUCGCUCCUUUUUUGAGAUCCUGGCCUGUCUCUCUCAACACCAGAUGGAACGUGAGAAGCUGCUUGAAUUCAGUUCUGCACAAGGCCAAGAAGAACUAUACAACUACUGCAAUAGACCUCGAAGGACUAUCUUGGAGGUCCUGGGUGACUUCCCUCACUCAGCAGCUUCCAUCCCACCAGACUACCUGCUGGACCUCAUCCCCCCAAUCCGGCCCAGGGCCUACUCCAUCGCUUCUUCAUUGCUGGCUCAUCCUCUCAGGGUGCAGAUCCUCGUGGCUGUGGUGAAGUACCAGACUCGCCUCCGAAAGCCCCGUCAGGGCCUCUGUACUUCCUGGUUGGCCUCCCUGGAUCCAAAGAGAGGACCAAUAAGAGUUCCUCUUUGGGUUCGAAAAAGUGGACUGAGCUUCCCUGCAGAGCCUAACACCCCUGUGAUCAUGGUGGGUCCUGGCACUGGGGUUGCACCCUUCCGUGCAGCCAUCCAGGAGCGUGUGGCACAGGGCCAGACAGGAAACUAUCUGUUCUUUGGUUGUCGACAGAAAGACAAAGACUUUUACUGUGAGGCAGAGUGGCAAGAACUCAUUCAGAAAGGCUUCUUGACCCUCAUCACUGCUUUCUCCAGGGACCAAGAGGAAAAGAUUUACGUACAGCACCGUCUCCAGGAGCACGGGGCAUUGGUGUGGGAGCUGCUGAACCAGCAUGGAGCCUACUUUUACCUAGCUGGCAAUGCCAAGUCUAUGCCAGCCUCUGUCUCAGAAGCAUUGACUUCACUGUUCCAAUCAGAGGGUGGACUGUCCGGCCCUGAUGCUGCCACCUACCUCAUGCUGGAGCGGGCCAUGCGCUUCCAGGCAGAGACCUGGGCCUGAUGAUCUUCACAACCCCUCUUCCCUUACAAGGGCUCAGGCCUGAGACUGACAAUCCACCUUUCACAUCUUGAUCUUGAACACAUUCUCCAGGCCCUCUCCACCCACCCUCGGCUUCCCCACCUUGUGACUAGAUCUCAAGGUCUUCACCCUAACACCUAGAUGUUUUCCUUUACAGCUGGGGAAGCUGAUGAGCUUCAGUUCCCCUGAGAAAAGAAUGACUGAGGGGGUGGAGCAGGGCCAGGGUAUUGGAUUUUUUGAUUGGUUGGUGAAGGGGACUUGAGAUGUGAUUGGCAAAGCAAUAAUAAUAUGGCAAAGUCAUCACCUGCAAUGUCAUUAAAAGGAAUAGGGAAGGGCACAACCACACACACACACAUACCGCUCCCCCCCCCAGGGACAGAAUUCCCCUCUUCCACCUUCUACUGCAAAAGGAGAUGAAGCUGGGGAAAUGGCCUAGGCUACAUGUAUCAUAAACAGAUUACUUAAGCAGGAAAAUUAGGGACAUCUUCCUAGAGGAAGUCUGAUGGAAAGGGCAGUUUUGAUUUGGGGAGGGAGAGUGGAGAGAGAGUGUGGGUGAAGAAACUGGAAGAACCAGAGCCCUUAAAACAAUUACUUGUGUCUACAGGAUUCCUAGUCCCCCAAGGCUCACCCUGAGAGAACCUGGGCUUGGGACAGGGAGUUGGCUCAUUCUCAUCUGAUCCCAAAUGCCUUAACCGCUGUACAGGUGUGCACCAAUGAGGUCCAGUCAUCUUGAGUAGAGGGCACCUCUGCCCUCAGGAAAGAACAAGGUCCCCUGACCUGGGAAGGACCUCCCCUGCAUUCUGGUCGGACCAGCAAGUAGGGAUUCCUUACCCUGACUCAGCAGGGAGGGGUGACUCCAGGAGGCCUGCCUUACACCUGUAUUCCUUCAUCUGGGACAUGGCUUAGGACAUUCCAGGAGUCCAGAAUACCUACCCUCUCCAUCAAGCUAUAGUGGAGCUAUGGCUUGCCACCUCUAGGAAAUUUUCCCAAAUUAACUGUACCCUACAUGAAUCCCUGCUUUUUACUACCAACAUCCCCUCUAUUUUACAUAAGAUACUGACACUGUUCAUUGGCAUCUGCCCUCCUGUCACUUCUUCAGAACUUCAUUUCCUGGAGUCAUUACCCUCUCCCCAGGCUAGAAAGAAGUCCUUAGAUUUGGGGGAUUCCCAGUCAUAGUUGGGGCUAUUUUGUGUGGGAAGUUAUUCAUUGGGCGGGUAUAAAAAUGAGGCCACUUCAGUUUGGAGAGUCAGAGACUGAAAAUGGAAUUGAAAUCUGUAAUAUCAUGACAAUGGGAAAAGAAGCAUGGUGUACUUAAUCAGUGCUGGUAUUGAGAGCUUGGAACUUGAAGGAUUUUGUAAACAAGUCUCAGGAAGUCCUAGAGCUGCUAUAGGCUGAAAAGAAAGCCUCACGAACUAAACCGGAAAGGCUAUUUCCCCAUCAUGGCCAUGCCCAGGAAGUAACUUGGACAGGGAGUUGGGAACAAAAUUACCACCCCUUCCCCUGGGGUUCUUUGGAGCCAAGUGUCCAGUCAUCUCAGAAACACUCAUUGGGUUAAGUUAAGGAGUAGUAAUGUUGAUGCAUAUCACAAGACACCUACCUUCCCACCCUUCCAGGCCCAUCUACAAACCCUGUAAAAACUGCCAUUUUUUAAUGACAUCAGGUGGUAGACAGUCUACAGUCUUAGACUAUAAGGAUCAGAAGGCAAGAUGGCUACCUAACAGAUAAGGCUGCCCUGACCCUCCUGACCAGGGCAGACUAUCAGCUAGGGGGAAAUGUCUGUUGUUACAGUUCCUUUUCUGAGACAUGAAAUAGUCAUAGCUUUAUCCAAAGGACUCUGAAGGAUAAAGUGGAAAGUCAAACAUUCUAGGGGACCUGCAAAGUUGACAUUAACCAUUAAAGACUACUCUUUGAGUCCUACCAUUCAACCAGUUCCAAAUCCAUCUAACUGAAUUAUCCUUUCGUCUGUAUCAUAAUUCCAUCUUUUCUACAAGAAAAUCUGCCUUCAUUUUCUCACCUCACACUCAGUCCUCAACCCCUUGCAAUUUGGCUUCUAUCACAAUCAAUAAAUAUUAAUAAAUAUUCA